AUGUCCAACGAGGUCGCAUGGCCACCAUGCUCCCCUCGUGCCGCCCUCCUCAGUUCGCCCAGUGGUCGUAAAAAGUACGAAAUAUUGCAAACAUCUCCCAACAAACGAAAGACCAAUACUCCAGGCCUCCUCGACCGACUUCGUGCUGCCCGAAAUGUCGAUACCUCUACCACCCUUGAUGACGUCGAGGACGUCGAAGAAGAUGAAGAGAUUUUACAAUUGAAGUUGGAAGCCAUUGAAGCCAGGUUGAAGUUGAAAAAAUUACAACAGAGCAAAAAGACGGCGACUCCUUCAAGAACCUCCUCUCGCCAACCAUCCUCUCCUGAUCCAGAGACCCAGAGGCACACAGGGGUCGAGGUCGCUGUAUCCCCAGUUCGACGUGCACUACAGCCAUCAUUGCCAAAGUCGCCUUCGCGGGUUAUACUGGGAAUUGACAAGGGUCUAAGAGCAGCUGAUGUGUCUCUACGUCGAGCCAACACCACAGCGGGCACGACUCGUCGAGCACAAGACUCUUCAAUCACAAACUAUGAAAGACCUUCGUCUCAGUCGUCCACCAUUCACAGACCACGCUCAGAUGUUUCUAGUCAGACGGCAAACACAGGCAGACCAAAGUCCACAUUCAGCGAGCGAAUGUCCCUGGCUCGGGCGAAGGAAAAUAUGACCAGCUCGAGACGACAGGAGAUUGCACAGAACCGUCAGAAGAGCUUCAAGGUCGACCGGACCGAGAUCGAGACCUAUCAACUAGCCGCAGAGGAACAGAAAAGUCGGAAUGGCCAACGAUCACCCACCAAAGCUCAUCGAACUGUCGAGUAUUCGAGAGAGGACAUCCUCCAAGCCGCACAACGAGGGAGAACAGGGGCCAAUCUGAAAAAAGCGCGUAGUACACCAAAUAUUCGAGAGGCUCAAUCGUACGAUGACCAGGAUGAAGACAUGAUAAAGGGGGACGCGACUCUGUUUGAAGGUUUCUCUCAACUCCAUCUCGCAUCGCGAAUCCUCCCCAACUCAUUCCUCAAACGCACACUACCUACCGAUAAGUACUCCAUCUACAAGAUCCCCGACCUCCUCCGCGACGUCAAAUUCCCAUCCUUUGAGCUGCCAGAGUCAGUUUGCGACUUCGUGGUCUUUGGGAUCAUCGCUUCCAAAUCCGGAGCCAUGGACCAGAAAACCCGUGGACCCGAUCAUACCACAGCACCAUCAAACGACUGGGAACGGAAAUGGGACGACGGAUCGCAGAACCAGCAACGAUUCAUGGCACUUACACUCACCGACCUAAAGUGGACGAUCGACCUCUAUCUCUUUGGCACAGCCUUGCCACGAUACCAUCGCCUCAGCCCAGGUACGGUCGUCGCGAUCCUCAACCCUGGAAUCCGACCUCCCAGAUCCGGACGAAGCGACACCGGCGCAUUCACUCUAUCACUCAACGCCGGGGAAGACACCGUUCUCGAAAUCGGCACGGCUCGCGACUUGGGUCAUUGCAAAACCCUCAAAAAAGACGGCAAAGAAUGCGGCAGCUGGGUCGACGCAUCCAAAACCGAAAUCUGCGAAUGGCACCUUAACGCCGAGCUACAAAAAACCACAUCUCGGAGAAUGGGCAUCAACACCGGCACAAAUGGGUUUGGCGGCGGUAGCGGCAACGGAGGUCGAAAUUAUCUCGACUCAGCAUUUCGCGGCGGCGGCGGCCAAAAACCCGGUUUGAAACCAAUAAAAGAAGGACAACGCUACGACCGCGAUACACAAAGUCAUUUCUUCAUCUCUCGAUCCCACCACCCCGAUGGUGGUGCCGCCGCUGCCGCCGCCAUACGAGUUGAAAACAACCCAUUCGGAAACACAGGUCAACUCGAUCGCGACAAAGAUAGUCGAAUCCGUAAACAAAUGGCAGCAAAAGCCAAAGAACGCGAGAUUGCUAAGCAGUUGGGUUCAUUGAACAAUACACAUGGAUUUGGUGGCGCUGGCGCUGAAUAUCUGAGACAAAAGGCGAAAACAGCCAUGGAUAAUGAUGACAACAGCGAUGUCAUGAACAACAAUUCCAAAGGCAAAGCCCGCCAAUCUCAUUCUCGUGUUCGUCCUGCUCCUGCGUCACAGAUUCUAUCGCCGACUGAUUCUGCUGGAAGUCAUCGCUCUGCGUUGGCGAGUCGAGCUAAUAUCCUAUCUGGAGGGUUGGGGACGAAUGCAAAUGGAAAACGCACGGCUCAAGAUGUAAGGCUGUCGCCAGUUAAAAAGACGAGAUUUAUCACGGAUAAGGGAAUUCGUGAGGCGGGGAGAGAGAGUUUAGGGUCGGUGCCGGUGAAGGAUGGUGUUCACCACCAUGUGGAUGAUAGUGAUGAUGACGAGUUGGAAAUUGUUUGA